AUGCUGGUUAUAUCGUAUGAGACCUUCCGACUGUACGCAGACAUCCUGUGCAAGAAGGAAGUGGGUAUGGUCAUCUGCGAUGAGGGCCACCGACUGAAGAAUUCGCAAAGUCAAACAUACGAGGCUCUACACGCACUGAAAACCAAGAAGCGCAUUAUCGUCUCAGGAACACCGAUACAAAAUGAUUUAACCGAAUACUUCAGCUUGUUAGACUUCGUCAACCCUGGCAUAUUAGGUACUUCGUGA